CGAAGGUGGAGUAAAAAUCUACUCGUAAAAUAGGUAGUCCUGAUUGUUAUAGCUGCACAUCACUUCCCCCCUAACCGCGAAAACAGCAGGAAUAUAGCUGCUUCCGCAGCAUACCGUUAGUUGACUUGACUGAUGAUGUUCGAAUUGUUGUACGUCGCAAGUUUUGAAAAUAUUGUAGUUGAAAUAAUAAAGGAAGUAAAUAAUUUGCGUGUAAUGUUCGCGGUAUACCGCUGCAAUAGGUGGCCAUACAUCAGCGUGUGCCUUGCUGUCAUGGAGCACAAAUGAAUUAUAUUAUAUUGCACCGCAAAGUGAAAUCUUUCUUGAAAAAGGAAAGUACCCUUGGUUGGGUCUGGUUCAAUAAUCUUAAGAAAUUUAAUUUUUUCAUACAAUGCAUACAUUUACGUAAAAACUAACGAACAAGCCAUUUCGCAUCGGUUGGUUACCUUAUGCAAUACAGAUUCUUCAGUCCGCGCGGUCAAGGGUAAAUUACUUUCUCUUUUCCAGAAGCAGUCCUUCAAGCACCUGAGCAAAUAAUUCUCUUGGUCUCUUAGAAAAAAGGUCGGUUUAAGGAAUUCCUAUUACGGUGGUAGUGACCGGACAGAAAUAGCGGAUCAUGCCAUCGCAACACAAUACCAUAAUAAUACAGUCUAUAUUCCAUAGUCUCUAUAGCUCAAUUUCUAUUUCGUUUUGAAAAACCUCACUCGUGGGACAACAAUUGCAAAAAGUGAGGGUAUUUUCUAUCCGCUCGCUUUAUCCUGUGGUGGACGCAUGGAUUUCCUGCCUCAUUAUUUCGUGAACGGAAGAAUACCAAGCCCCUAACAAAUGGUAACGUUGUAUUUGUAAGGCUCAAGUUUUCUCAAUGUACAAUGUUCCAAGUGAAAUUUUCCUAUACAAAAUCUCACACUUAAUCUCUUUUACUGUUGAUGUAUGAGACGCAGUUUUCUCAUUCUUUCUACAAGUCAGAGGAUUCGUUAUCCAACAACUCUGCACUUUUAUUUUCUAUCAAAAAUUGAUCCAAACUUGAAAAGCAGGGCCUAUAGAUUUCACUUUUGCUGUUUGCAAAUUAUAUAAAGAUCUAAAAAGAAGGAAAGAGGUUGCAUGUUAUGGCAGUCUUCAUUGGAAGCAUCCUCCACCAACAUGGAAAUUGCUCUCGUUUGCUUCUUUUGUCGUUCUUCCAAUUUUUAGUUGAAAACAUUGAAAUAAACGUAAGAAAAUGAGACAGCAGUACAGAGGAACAAGUGCUUUUUCCCGCUUUGUUUGCUUGCUGAUUUUGAGUGUAACGAAGCAAAGCGUUAAAACACAGGUUGCAUUCGACGCAGUUUGCCCAGACGUCAACGUAGUGCAAAAUUUUGACGCGCAAAAGUAUUCAGGUGUAUGGUUUGAGAUCGAAUCAUAUCCUGGGAUGAUUGACGAGUUCGACAUUUGCAUGUCUUUAAAUUAUACGAUGCAAACAGACGGCAAUCUUCAGGUUAGCAGUUCUUGGUUCAAUACCAGUUCCAAGGUUCAUGAAAGUAUCCAAGGAAGUGUUCGUCUUAUCAAUCCUAGUUUGGGAGCAAAACUACUGGUUACAUUUCCCACUUCACCUGUCAGUCAGUCAAUGUCAACCGACGGUAACUUUUGGCUCCUGGAAACGGAUUACGUAAAUUAUUCUAUUGUUUUUCUUUGCCUUCCGGUCGGAUCGAACAUAAGCUUUCAAUAUCUUUCUUACUUAAGCCGAGAGCGCUUUCCCUUUGCAGCCGGUUUGAAUUUCAUUCAUCAGCGUAUGGAGUCGCUGGGGCUAGAUCGAACGUUUCUCAAACCUAACGAUCAGAUAAACUGUCCGUUUAACUGAAAAGGACAAUAAACAAAGGUUGUUUGUUACGGAAC